CAAUGAUCUUACGGACAGCCUUGUUGUUUAGUUGAGUGUGAUUGUUACUCUUGAAGAAUAAAAAAUUAUGUCUGACAGAAUUACUUUAGUGGACAUUUUAUUUAAAAGGCAUAUGCAGACUUUAAGGUAUAAAGAUAAUAGGUUAUAACUAUAACCUGAGAAUAACUCCCAAAGACUUGAGUACCUCAGUAUGAUCUAAGAUUAAAAAAAAAAAAAAAACCUUUAGACCAUUUCUAAUGUUUAAAAGAUGUCAACAAGUUCUCCUAGUUGUGAAGAAAAAUUAACUGCUGGUAUUAAUGACCUUCCAAACGAACUAUUAGAAUAUAUCAUCAGCCUCUUACCACCAUACCAAGAUUUGGAAAAUUGUAUGGUUGUUUGCAAGAGAUGGUACAAAAACGUUCAAAGUGUUAUACGCCACAGAAAAAUAGAAUUUCAUCGUGCCAUUAGUAAUUUUAACAUUCAGUGGGAAAAUAACUAUGAAAACCCUAAGCAGCAGAUUAUUACUAAACGGUACUCACAUUCAGCUUGUAGUCAUGAAAAUGCUAUGUAUGUCUUUGGAGGAUGUACUUGCACUAGUACUACAUUUAAUGACCUCUGGAAAUUGGAUUUAUCGACCCGGCAAUGGCAGCGAUUAUUGACAAUGGGAAGUUAUCCUUCACCAAAAGCUUGUGCUUCUCUUGUGUAUUACAACCAUACACUUAUUUUAUUUGGUGGCUGGACACAUCCAUCACCUUAUCCUCUUCAUCAGGCAUGGAGAACAUUUAAUGAAUUACAUUUGUAUGACAUAAGUGCAAACCGUUGGAACUGCAUAACGUCUCCUACAACAGCUCCACCAUCAAUGGCUGGUCAUGCUGCAACUGUACAUGGUGACAGCAUGGUUGUUUUUGGAGGUCUGCACGGUCAUAAUGGAGGAUCCAAUGAUAUAUGGUGUCUUAAUCUGUUAACCUACACUUGGGCUAAAAAGGAAACUGUCGGUGAUAAACCACAUCCUCGAUAUGGACAUUCACAAAUACCAUUGGACGAUUUUCAUUUACUUAUUCUUGGUGGUUGGGGGGGACCUCCAAAUGUAGUUAUGAAUGAUAUUUGGCUACUCACAAUGAAUGGAAGGCAUUGGACCUGGACUCCAAUUACAGUAGAAAAUCAGCAAUGGGCAGCUUCUCAUUUAUGGUGCCAUCCAGCUUGUAAGGUAGAAGAUUAUGUAGUUGUCUUUAGUAGAAAUCCAGUUUCUACGCCACCUCCUUUAGCUUAUUCCCGCUGGACUUCUAAUUCUCAAAUAGGAAUUAAUCAGAGUAGAAGAAUAAAUGCCAAUGAACCCAGAGACCAUUAUUUAAUCCGACCUGAUGAUGGAGCUGGCCCAUCAGUUGAUAGAGAUGUUAAUGUUAAUGGAAGAAGAGGAAAUCUGGUUGCCAGGUACAUUGGUGAUCCAGCGAAUAUCAGAAGUGAAAGUUUGCGACAUUCUUAUAAUUCUCUUAAUUAUUUAAAUCAUAUGAGUGCUUUUCGAGCUGAAAAGCCUCAAAUUAGCCGACAUCGAGAAAAACAGUUAGAUGCUCUAAAGAGAAUGGAAAUGAAAUUGAAAACAAUACGCCCAGAACAAGCCAAAAAAAUAUUUAGACCUGUUGCUCCCAAGAUGGCCAUGUUCGUCUUGGAUAUUUCGAAAAUCCUUUCCCCAGACCAUAAAGUAACAUGGUUGCCUAUAAAAUCAGUAGCUUAUGGUAGCCCAGAAUCAACUAUUCUGUACACUCUUGUAAAGGGUAAUGGAGAACUUAUAUUGUUUGGUGGUAUUAAGAGAGAUGCUGGAGCAAUAACAAACCAGUCUGGACAAACUUUGGACAUGGCUGACACUGUCUCCAAUUCACUCUAUUUUAUUUCUGCUCCUCAGAGUACAAUAUAAAUAAAAAUAUUCAAAUAUGUGAUUUUUUAGUUGUUUCAGUCAAUAAUGAACAUAAAAGUAAGGUAAUUGCUAUAAAUAUAUUGAAUGUUAAGGUAUGAUUGUUAAGAUGGCCAUAUUUAUUUAAAUACAUUUUUGCAUUUAAUUUUGUAUUUAUUUUUUUAUAAUUUUGGCAAUAUUGUCCUAGAUAGACUACAUGUAUCUUCCAUUGCUGUAAUGUACUUUUCCCAGGAUAUAAAUUACAUUAAAUGAUUUUG